UCAGAGAAACCCUAUAAGGAGUUUCUUCCUUGAUAAUAAGUUGCUUUUCUUUUCCUAGCGAAUUUGCUUCAGAAAAAUUCUAUUCCAAUGUCUUCCACAUCCAGAUCUUCCGCCGCCACUAAUCGCAAAGAUCCACCGGGUAAGAAAAACAAGCAGAUGACGACAGAACCAAACUCGAUCGGUUCACUUUCUAAUGACUUGUUAUUGAACUGCUUUGCCCGUGUCUCUAGAAUGUAUUAUCCCGCUCUCUCUCGCGUCUCCAAAAGAUUCCGAUCCAUCGUUACUUCACCAGAGAUUUACCACACUCGAUCUCUCUUAAACCGUACCGAGAAGUGUCUCUAUCUAUGCUUACGCUUCCCUUUCGACAAUAACACACAUUGGUUCACUCUCUACCAGAACCCUAAUCGAAGCGUAAGCAACAAGUCAAGUGGCAAGGUUUUGGUCCAAAUUCCAUCUCCCGAGUAUCCUCUUACGCAAUCGUCGAAUCUCGUAGCGGUUGGUUCUAAUAUCUACAAAAUUGGUGGAACCGUUGGUGAUGAUUUCUGCCCUCUCGGCUGGGAUAGGAAACCUUCUUCUAAAGUCUCUGUCCUGGAUUGUCGGUCUCACACGUGGCGCGAUGGUCCAAGAAUGCGAUUGGACAGGAAAUCCUCCACAACAAGCGUAGUUGAUGGGAAGAUAUAUGUAACAGGAGGCACUAAAGACACGGAUAAUCCCUCAAACUGGAUCGAAGUGUUUGAUCCAAAAACACAAAGUUGGGGAUCCGUUACGAACCCUCGCAUCGUGAGGCUUUGGGAGGAGGAAAGCUAUAGACGUGUAGUCAAAAGCAUAGGACAUGAAGGAAAACUAUACCUGUUUGGGGAUGAGUUUGUAGUUUACAAUCCAGAGGAAGGUAUAUGGAACCCAGUAGGAGAGGAUAGGCUUAUCGGUUGUGCAUUAAAGUCGAGUUAUUGCGUGAUAGACAACAUCUUGUUCUACUGGGAUCAAGGAGUGUUCAAAUGGUACGACAGUAAGGUUCCUUCAUGGAAGGAAUUGAAAGGCCUUGAAGGGUUACCUGAUUUUAGCCACCGUGAGUAUUGUAGAUUGGUGGAUUUUGGUGGAAAGAUGGCGGUGUUGUGGGAUAUAUGGGAGUGUACUUCUGAGGCAUAUAUGGCGAUUUGGUGUGCUGAGAUUUCACUUGAAAAGCGCGAUGGAGAUGAGAUUUGGGGGAAGGUUGAGUGGUUUGAUACUGUGCUUGCAGUUGGAGCGUCUUGUAGCUUGAUCAAUGCGAAUGCUCUUUCCGCUUCUGUUUGAUGAAAUGACGACUAUUCAUGAGAACAUGCUUGAAGAGUGAUGAAAUUAGAAACAAUAUUCACUAAUGCGGGUAAUUUCGUUUUGUUUUGAAUAGUUGCGUUUUUGAGAUGUUUCCUUUCCGUUAUUAUGCGACUACAAUAUGUUGAAUGAUCGUUUCAUGUUUUUAAGCCGAAUGCAGUUUACAUUAUUUGUUUAUUUAUUAACAUAUGCACUCACGUUUAGAUGAUUUAGCUUAAAAUUGUGAUU